AUGGAGAUUGCCGCAUCUCGUGUACAGGACGGUCAGGGUACCAUUUGGUUUACUGACGUAGCUUGCUCUGGUUCAGAAAGUCAAUUAGUGAACUGUACAUAUAAUGUCCAUACAGCACAGUGUGAACACUAUAAAGAUGUUGGCAUCCAUUGUUUUUUCAACUGUUCAACGGAAGAUGAAGGUACUUUACGUUUAGGUUCGAAGCAAGCUGAGAAUAAAGGACGACUUGAAAUUCAUUAUAAAGGUGAAUGGGGAACAGUUUGUGAAAAUUACUUUGGUGAUAUUGAUGCCGCAGUAGCCUGUAGACAGCUCGGAUAUUGUUCAGGAAUGGUGAUUGCCGCAUCUCGUGUACAGGACGGUCAGGGUACCAUUUGGUUUACUGACGUAGCUUGCUCUGGUUCAGAAAGUCAAUUAGUGAACUGUACAUACAAUGUCCAUACAGCACAGUGUGAACACUAUAAAGAUGUUGGCAUCCAUUGUUUUUUCAACUGUUCAACGGAAGAUGAAGGUACUUUACGUUUAGGUUCGAAGCAAGCUGAGAAUAAAGGACGACUUGAAAUUCAUUAUAAAGGUGAAUGGGGAACAGUAUGUGAAAAUUACUUUGGUGAUAUUGAUGCCGCAGUAGCCUGUAGACAGCUCGGAUAUUGUUCAGGAAUGGUGAUUGCCGCAUCUCGUGUACAGGAUGGUCAGGGUACCAUUUGGUUAACUGACGUAGCUUGCUCUGGUUCAGAAAGUCAAUUAGUGAAUUGUACAUACAAUGUCCAUACAGCACAGUGUGAACACUAUAAAGAUGUUGGCAUCCAUUGUUUUCUCAACUGUUCAUCAGAAGAUGAAGGUGCAUUGCGUAUUAUGGGUUUUAUUGAGAAUGAAGGACGACUUGAAAUCAAUUACAAAGGUGAAUGGGGAACAGUAUGUGAUAAUUACUUUGAUGAUGGUGAUGCAGCAGUUGCCUGUAGACAGCUUGGAUAUUGUUCAGGAAUGAUGAUUGCCGCAUCUCGUGUACAAGAUGGCCAAGAUACCAUUUGGUUAAGUGAUGUUGUUUGCUCAGGUUCAGAAAGUAAAUUAGUGAACUGUAUAUACAAUGUCCAUACAACACGCUGUGAGCACUAUGAAGAUGUUGGCAUCCAUUGUUUUCUCAGCUGUCCAACAGAAUAUAAAGCUUAUGUAUACUAA